AUGGCUGAAUCUCACAACUCCCAACACCAACAACAUCAGCAACACCUUCGCCCGCAAAACCAGCAGGCCGUCUCUCCCGGGUCGUCGCUCAAGAUGGACAUCCGGACCAAGCAUGCGACCAUGCCCGUGCGGCUCGUCAGCUUCAAUAUUCGGUAUGCCGCCAACGAGGAUGAGCGCUCGUUGGCUGAGCAGCCCUGGAACGUGCGCUGUCCCAAGGUGUGCUCCCAGAUGCGCUUCAUCACUGCCGGCCACGAGAGCCCGUUCGUCUGUCUCCAGGAGAGCCUGUCUUCGCAGCUCAACGACAUCCAGGCCGAACUCGGCGAGCCCUGGGCGCAUAUUGGUCGUGGGCGGGGAGAGGGGGAGGCGGACGGGGAGUUCUCGCCCGUCUUCUACCGGUCCGAUGCCUGGGCCUGCGAGGUCAGCGAGACGCGAUGGCUCAGCAAGACCCCCGAGAAGCCUUCCCGGGGCUGGGACGCGGCCCUCAACAGAAUCGUCACCAUUGGACUGUUCUCCCACAGGGCCAACGGUACAAAGGUUGUCGUCAUGAGCACCCACUUUGAUCAUAUUGGCGUCGAGGCUCGCAAGAAUAGCGCCAAGCUUCUCAUCAAGUUUGCCAACGAAUGGAGUCGCGGCAAAGGCGUGCCGCCAUCCGUCGUUCUCAUCGGUGGCGAUUUCAACAGCGAGACCGACGAUGAAGCAUACCGGAUGAUGACGGCACCUGGCUCCGGCAUGUCAGACAUUUCUGAUCUUGUCCCCGAGCGCAGGCAUUACGGAAACCAUCUCACGUAUACGAGCUUCGGAGAACCAAACGAACACCCCCAGCGUAUUGACUUCUUGUUUAUCCAGGAGCCUCGCACUGCUCAUGUGGAGACGUUUGGCGUGCUUGCAAACAGCUUUGACGACCAGAUUCGAUUCUCGGAUCAUCGACCCAUUGUGAGCGACUUGCAGAUUCGAGUCUAA